AUGUCCUUGAAAGCUGUUAUAUUAGUUGGUGGUGCACAAAAAGGAACAAGAUUUCGUCCAUUAUCAUUUCAAGUUCCAAAACCUUUAUUUCCAAUUGCUGGUAUACCAUUAGUUGAACAACAUAUUUCUCAAUUAUGUGAGUCAUCAAAUUUAUCCGAAAUUAUUUUACUUGGAUUUUAUAAAAAAGAAGAAUUAGAUGAUUUUAUAACUCAAUCAGAAAAAAAAUAUAAUAUACCUAUAAAAUAUUAUCAGGAAGAGGAAUCUCUUGGAACAUGUGGUGGUAUUCUGGCUUUCAAAGAUAAAUUACUUGACUCAAAACCAGAACAAAUUUUUGUACUUAAUGCUGAUAUUUGUGGAGAUUUACCAAUAACAGAAAUGGUUGAUUUUUUAAAUGAACAAAAAGAUAAAAAAGGAUUAAUAUUAACAACUGAAGCAACUAGAGAUCAAUCUAUUAAUUAUGGGUGUGUUGUGGCAGAUGAAAAUGGUACUGUUCUUCAUUAUGUUGAAAAACCAACAACAUUUGUUUCAACAAGAAUAUCAUGUGGUAUAUAUCUAUUGAAACCAUCUAUUUUUGAAGCAAUUGAAAAUUUUAAAACAACAUCUGGAAAUGAACAAAUUUGGUUUGAAACAGAUAUUUUUCCUGAAAUGGCUUCAAAUAAUUCACUUUGUGCUUUGUAUACUCAAAGAUGGUGGAGUCAGACAAAAACAGCUGGAGCAGCAUUGUAUGCUAAUAGGCAUUACCUAAGAUUAUACAAAGAAAAACAUCCUACAAGAUUGGCUAGUAAAGAAAAAAAUAGUUGUAAUAUAGAAGGUGAUGUUUAUAUUGAUUCUACAGCAAAAAUACAUCCAACAGCUAAAAUUGGUCCUAAUGUUUCAAUUGGUAGUGAUGUUAUUAUAGGACCUGGAGUAAGAAUAAAAGAAUCAAUUGUUUUGUCAAAUUCUGUUAUUGAACAACAUUCAUGUAUUCUUCAUAGUAUAAUUGGUUGGGGAAGUCAAGUAGGAUGCUGGGCAAGAGUUGAGGGUACUUCUAUUGCUCCAAAUCCAAAUAUUCCUUUUGCUAAAUUAGAUAAUAAAGUCUUAUUUAAUAAUGAUGGCAGAUUAAAUCCAUCAUUAACAAUUUUAGGUUCAGGUGUUCAUGUUGCAGACGAAUCUGUUGUUCUUAAUUGUGUAGUUCUUCCAUUCAAAGAAUUAACAUCUAGUUUUAAAAACCAAAUCAUUCUUUAA